CUGCAGCCGGGCACUGUUCUUAUCCUCCUUGCUGGCAAGCACAAGGGCAAACGUGUGGUACUUCUUAAGGCCCUCGACAGCGGAUUACUACUUGUAACUGGUCCUUUCAAAUUUAACGGCGUUCCUCUUCGUCGGGUAAACCAGAGGUAUGUCAUUGCGACCAAAACAAGGAUUAACAUCUCCAAUGUUAACGUACCAAAGGCUCUCACGGACACUUUCUUCCGUCGUGUAGACCUCAAACCGAAGACCAAGAAUGUGGACAAGCUUUUCGCUGAGGAGCCAAAGAAAUAUUCCGUUUCGGACGAAAGGAAAAAGAUCCAGAAGGACGUGGAUCUCUCCCUGAUUAAAGCAAUCAAGAAACACAAGUCUUCAAAGAUACUGCCGGCCUACUUGAAGUCUAUGUUUUCAUUAAGCAGUAAGGAAUAUCCUCACAAGAUGGUGUUCUAA